CCAGUGAUAUGUGGCUUUUGCUCCAGGGAAGCCAAAGUUCAGAAGCAGGAGCUACUGAGGAGCAGUUCUUAAUUUUGGUGCCAUCAGCCAGGCCAGUAGCUCUUAACAUGGGGCUUUUGGGACUUCUGUCAGUCCUAGCACUCUUCAUCCUCUUGGGGGGAGUCCGGAAACCUGAGCUGGUUGAGGGGUUACUUGCCAUCAAGUGUCCCCGUACCAGAAUACCAUGCCGUUACAGAGAAAUCGACCAAUGCUCGAGGAGUAAAAGCUGCCCUGAGAAGAUGACUUGCUGCAAUUUUAACUGUUCAAAGAAAUGUUUAGACCUCAAGGAAGACAUAUGCACUUUGCCAAUGAAUGUGGGCCUCUGCCUGGCCCUCAUUCCACGCUGGUGGUACAAUAAGGAAUACAAACGCUGCUACAGAUUCAACUAUGGUGGUUGCAGUGGGAACAAUAACAACUUCCAAUCUGAAGCUGUCUGCAGGGCCAUCUGCCCAGAAAUAUAGUCACCAUCUCCCUCAGUAGGAUAAAGAGAACUGGAACAACCUUCAGAAUUUGGCUCAUAAUCCAAGGUUCUCUUCACAUGUGCCUGACUGACGCUUCAUAUUGGCUUACUCUGGCCAAAUCUCAGCUGCCAAAACAUUGGCUGUUCCAAAAAAACGGAACCUCAGAAUUUGCUUACUCCCUUUCCUCCAGGUCACCUUCUCUUCAAACACAAUGCCCUUCAUCCUUUAACCCUUUAUCAAUGUCUGACCCUAUCUCUUCAACUCUCAGCAUACCUGUGUAUACUUUGGAAGCCUCCAGUUUCCCUAAUAAAGUGUUCUAUAGGUCUGAUA